GCUUUCGUGCGUGUCGUCAAGCAUGUCCUGGGCCUCUUCGAUCUUACGUUGGUCGACUGCUGGGCGAACUUGUACAGAGGCGAGGAUGACAUGAAAUCCAUGCACCACGACAACUACCAGGAUCGCACGCCACGGGCUACAGUGACCAUGGGGAUAAGUCUCGGGCAAGCGCGGCACUUCACUUUCCAGAACCCUGUGACCAAAGAGGAGCACAGCGUCGUCCAGGAGAAUGGUGACAUCUUUGCUUUCGACGAGCCCUUUAACAACCUUUUCAAGCAUGCUGUUCCGCCCGAGGGCGCAGGCACGGCCCCCGGAAAGAGGAUUGCCAUCAUCAUCUGGGCCAAUGAACAGGGCUCCGUGCCGCGGAUGAUCCGCGCCAAGAAUCCCGGGAUGCGUGACAUUGUGCCACUGGAGGUGGACUGGGAGUCCUGGGGUCACUGCUGCCCCGGCUCGCUCUCCAGGAUCGACCGUCAAGGCCGUGCUCGGGGUUUCGGAAGCCGAAAGCAGACAUGGAGCAGGAAAGAAAGCAUAGGGGUUCGAAAGGAAGGGGUCCAGCUGUCAAAGAAAGCCAGAAGGGUUCGAGGUGUUUUGGAUCUGUUGUGA